AUGGCUCGCAUUUUCAGGUUCACUGCUCUGUCUCUGCUGCUCCUGUCUGCCUAUUGUUGGGCUGAUACUGAGGCAGAGGUUGAUGAGAACUCCGACCUCUCUGUGUCUGAGCUUCUGGACAGAGCCAACAGAAACCUGAGUGAGUGUGAGCUGCAGGCUGACGUCCGUUCUGAGGAUGGACCCACCUUGAUUGAAGGAGACAUCGCUAUUGAAGAUGAGGUUGAGAAAAACGCUGACCCCUGCACCAGCCGUGGCUGCAUGUGGGGCAAGUGGAAUGAUGGGAAGGUCUACAUUCCUUAUUACAUCGCCAGCCAUUUCUCCUCCCGUGAAAAGGCCAUCAUCACCCGUGGACUGGAGUCCUUCUCUUCCUUCUCCUGCAUCCGCUUCAGGCCCAGCAGAAGCAGCGACCGUGACUGGCUGAGCAUCGAGUCCAAGGAUGGCUGUUGGUCCUUCGUUGGCCGUCGUGGUGGUAAGCAGGUGGUGUCUCUGGCCCGCCGUGGAUGCCUGUACCAUGGUACCGUCCAGCACGAGCUCCUCCACGCUCUGGGAUUCAACCACGAACAGACCCGCUCUGACAGAGACAACCACAUCAAAGUCUUGCUGCAAAACGUUGUGUCUGGAAUGGAGCACAACUUCAGGAAGAUUGCCACCCUGAACCAGGGCACUCCCUAUGAUUACAACUCUGUUAUGCAGUACCACAGGUAUGCUUUCUCCAAGAACAACCAGCCCACCAUGGUCCCCAUCCCUAACUCCAACGUUUCCUUUGGCAACGCUAAGGAGAUGAGCCGCAACGAUAUCGCCAGGCUCAACACUCUCUACAAGUGUUAGGAAGUCUGACAGAUCUGAACUUCUCCGUGUUCAAACUGGAUGAUGGAAGCUGUGGACAUCCGAGUACUGUACUCGUGCUUCGCCUAAUAAAAGCAGAAUAUUCAA